AGCCGAUUGUUUAUAGAUAUGUGUAGAUACACAAAUAUGUAGAUAUAGGUGAUAUGAGAAGAAUGUAAAUGUGAAAAGAAUGUAAAAUGAGGGGGCACGUACGACGCUCUCUUACGGCCGUCGUGAAAACGGCAGUAUCAAUAUGGUCGUUGCCUGGAACGCAGUUCGUGAGAGGAUGCUGUCGCAUUAGUUUGCUUCGAACUCUCUCUCCUAACAUGAGGUGUGCCAUGAUCGUUGAAAAUAAUUUUACGUAAUAUAAACGAUAGAACGAAGGUGACUUCGACAUAAACGUUGGUGCAAUGGAGAUUUCCAUAAGCACAACCAAUAAUAUAGCGACGAACGUCCCGAAACAAGAUAUAAAGAAAGCUACGAUUAACAAAAAACAAGAAAAUAUGAUGGACAAAGAUACAAAAUCUUUAACAGAUUUAUUUCCAUGGAUUUUUGAAUUUAAAAAAAUGUGUAGAAUCAUAUACAAGGAUUGUAAUAUGUCUUCUUUAACAGAGCUUAUGCAGUACUAUAUGAGAAAUAUUAGCAUCAGUGUAAAUGAAUGUUAUACAAGACCUUUAUGGGCAGCACGGUUAAAGGAAUCUAUUAGUGAUACCUUAGUUUUAUUCUUAUACAUUUACCGUAUGCUUUCAGAGAAUCAUGAUAGAUGUAUUUAUCUUAAUUAUAUGUCAGACUUUCUGGCAAUAUAUAUAGAUAUGGAAUUAAAAGCAUCAAGAAAAACUAAGGAAGAUCAGGGUAAAAUUUGUGCUAGACUUAUUUCUUGCCUAUAUGUUUAUCUUGAACAUUCCACAGAACACUUGUUAGAUACUCUUAUAAAGGUACAAUUUAUGUGUCGCAGUUACCAUGCCAUUUUAAAUCCAGUAAUAACGAAAAUUAUUAAAAAUAUUCCCUUACAUCCAGAAUCAAACAUUAUGUAUGUGCGUUACUUACUUGUAUAUCGCCUAUGGAGGAAAAUAAAUAGUAGCGUGCCAAUAAAAAAUGAAAUUACUGCAGCUGCAGUUACUUCUCUUGGGCCACCACCUACUUUUCCACAUUUAUUGGAUGGCGUAUUACCAAAAGUGCCAAAGUUUCAAUCAAACGCUGCAAAAUUUCUUUUACAAUACAAAUUUGACACAAGAAGGUCUUGCAAAAUAUUUGUACAAUUUUCUAAAGAAAGUAAUAAAAGAAUAUAUAAAGAGUACAGUAAGGAUAUAAGAGCCACUAUGAGUUCAUCCAGUAUAUGUGAUAUAGAAAAGGACGUCGACCUAGCACCUAAAAAUAUAGAUAAUUUUCAUAAUAAUGUCAAUUCUAAUUUAUCUGAUAACAGUAGUUGUAGUAACUUUAUUUCUUUGCAUAAUUCUUGUAAAUCUGUAACUAUAACAGAUGAAACAUGUUUUAAAAGUUUAGGUAAAAUUUCGGAUAAUAUUUCUACCAAUCGUGUUGCUCCAAAAGUAUUUACGAAAAUUAAACCUUGUUCUCAAAGAAAUUUGAAAAAAUCGAAUAAAAUUAUAGUUAUUGACCUAACAAAUGACGUACAGAUUGAAAAAUGCAUAAUAAAUAAGAAAAAAUCUAAGAAACCUGCAUGGUUGGAAGAAGCCAAGAAACAAAUAGGUUUAAAAACUAUGAAAACUUCAAUGAAGAUGAAAAGAAAAAUACAGAAAAAAGUGGAUAAUACCAAUUCAACAAAGUAUGCAACAGAAAGUAAUUGCCAAUUACAAGAUAUAACAUUAAGGACUUCCAAAGUAACUUCCAAAGAUGAUGCAGUAGAUUCUUCUAUUUGUGAUGUUAAGAACAGUGGUAACACGGAUAUAAAGAAUUCUAAUCUUAUUCUUUCAGCACUUACAGAAUCAUUAAAUAGUGAAAAAUUAGCGUCAUCGAUAAUUUAUACAAAAAAUUGUAAUGAUGUUAAUAUUGAUACAACAACUAAUCCAUCUUCUGAUAACAAUGAAUAUGUAUCAAAUGCAACUGUUGAAACUAUAGAUGCUCCUACAAAUACUCGGAAAUAUUAUAAUGAUAGUAAUGUUUUGGAAUUAAAGAAAAGUAGCACUAUAAACGAUAGACUUAAACAGGCUGUGAUUAAAGGACUGAUAGAAAAAGACAUUUCUAUAGAGAAUGAAAUAUGUGAAAGAAGCGAUGUUAACAAGAAAAUCUGUGAUUUAAAACCACAACCUUCAAUUAUAGAAAGUAUCACAAUAGAUUCUCAGUGUAACUCCAAAGACGAGGUAGAUAGCCUAAAUCUUAGUAAGAUCAUAGUGGAAAGUAGCACAUCAGAGGACAUAAUUGCCUAUUUAAAAGUUAAACAAGAUGAACAUUGUGUCCAGGAAACAUUGAAUAAUAAAGACAUAGAAUCUGAUUGUGUAAAAGAAAAAGAUCUGUCUACAAAUUCUUAUUUGGAAAAGUUCAAUGAAAGCCAAAGUAUAAGCAUAAUUGAAUUAGAGAAUAAUAGUAGGAGUAAAAAGCUAGAAUCUGAGAGAUGUACAAUUUUAAAAUCGUCUAUGAAUAAUACAUUCAAAUAUGAAAAUAAAGAAGGUUUUCUUAUUAAUAAUGAAAUCUUAGAACAACAGCAGACAUUUUGUGAAUCUCAAAAGAAUUCUGAAGUUUCUUGUCCUGGAUAUUUAAGUAGUACAAUAAGUUUCAGCAUAAUGAAUGGAGAUGAUUCAGAUGUACAAGCUGAAGUUGAAAUCGAUAAUUCUAUUGAAGAUGGUGAUGAUAUGAGCACCAUUAAGACAUUUGAUUUUGAAGAUAAAAUCUAUAAUUCAGAAGAAAAUUUAAUUAAUAUUGCAAAGAAUAUAGCAAUACAUGAUAUUGAAAUGAAACAUACAUGCAAAGGAGACAUUGUAAAUAAUCAAUAUGCAAAUCAAUCUAUAGAGUAUGAUAAACAAAUAUACAAUGAGAAUGAUAGCAACCAAAAAAUUGUUAUAGAGAGUAUAGAUCAGAGUAAGUCACAUAAUUAUCCUGUAUUACCGACUAUUUUUCAGAAAGAUGUACAACUAUUAAAAAAUUCUCAUGAUGGUAAUGCAAGUAAGAAUAUAAAUGAGGACUUCUCUGAAAUUGAAGAAAUAAAUAACGAUCCUAAAACCUCUGACAAGGGAUAUAUUAUACAUAGUACUGAGUUAAGUGCUGAAGAAAAUAUUGAUGGUCUCUCCUUAUUAGCUAGUGUAUCUCAACAUGUACCACAUUUAAAAGCUGAAUCCGAGACACGAUGUGAUCAAAUCAAAGUUAAAGAUUAUGCCGUUUUAAAAAAUACUUCAUCUAAACAAGUCAUUGAUGAUGAAACAGAUACUAAUGAUUCGUCCAAUACUAUAUCACAACUUUGUGAAAAUCCCACAACCGAAUUAAUUAAUCGGAUUGUCGGUGUUUAUCCAGAAGAUGAAUUGGAAAAAGUGGAACUUUGUGUUAAAUUAACAUCUACGAGCAAUGGAAAUACAACAAAUGCAGAAAAUACAUCUUCCGUGAACGUUCCUCACAUUUUUCAAGGUUCUAUGAAUUAUGAAACAUCAGAUACAUUGUCAGAUAUUAUGGUUCCACUUGAAAAUAAUGUACAAUCUACCAAAGAAAAUACAAAUGUUAUACUGAACGGAGAAACAGUUGUGUUGCUGCAAAAAUCGCCAAAUAGUAAUUUGUAUAUCAUCAAUAAAGCUGUAGAAAAUGCAAGAAAUCAUAAUGACAAUGAAACAAGUAAGAUCGUGGAAAAGAAUUGGCCAACAUCACCUUCAGAAGAUUGUACAUCAUUUGAGAUUAUUAACACUCUUGAUCAUACUUUUAUACAAGAAAAACAUUCUAUUGAAGCAAAAAAAGGUAUUAAAAUAGAACCUAAAGAAGAUAAUGCAAUAUUAAAUCUUGCAGAAGAAAAAUUAUAUACAAAAAAGGCUUCACUCAGAGCGAAUAUACUGUCUACUCUUCAAGCAACUUUGCAAGAUAUUGAUUCUGCAAGCCUAACUACAACUAAUGAAGGGAAUGAUAAACAUAAAUCUUCAUCAAAAUCUAUCUCUGCUUGUAGACAAAAUAUUAAGCAAGAAUUUACUACACUUCCUAAUCGCAUUACAACUAAUUAUGCUGUACAGGGAUUUGCAGGAAUGCAUCCACAUUCUCGUGAAACAAUUGAAUCGCAACAUCCAUUACAUAUUCCUGCAUCUCAUCCUACUGCAUUACCAUCAUCAAUUUGUAGUAAUUGUUCAGCCACUACAGAUUUAUGUGUGCCAUAUCAUAAGCACUGUACAUCUGUCUCUUGUAGUUUGCAAAUAAAUACUACUGCAUCUUUACACUCUCAUGUAAAUACGAACAAUUCUCGUGGGAGAUCGCAUUGUUCGUGUUUAAAUUGUACAUAUGAUAUAGUUACACAUUGUCGACAAUGUAUACAUCCUGGUACAGAUUCUCAUGUAUCAUGCAUUGAAAGUAACUCAUAUUUUUUGCCUACGCAUUCAUCAGUACAAGCAUCCACCGUCCAAGAACAUGACAGGACGAAAAAUGAAACUGUUAUAGGAAAAUUGUAUGAUGAUAAAAUUUUAUAUAAAGUAGAACAAGAUCGUUUACAAAAUAAUACAUUAGAAAAAAUUGACAUGAAGUGUGAUGCAACAAGAUUGAAUAAAACUAACUUCAAUAGUAAAUUACCUCUUAAGAAAAGAUUAAAAGCACAUGCUAUGAUGUCAAUGGCAUAUAAAGAAAUACCAAUAAAAACAGAAAAAUUAGAUAAUUAUCCUGGUAUACCUAUGAUGUCUAUAGCAGCUUUAGAAGCACUUGACACUACACAAAAACAUCAGGAGCAAAUCGUAAAACCAGUUUUUGAAUUGUCUCCUACCAGAAAAGAUGAUUUGCAUAAUAAUUAUCAUUUUAGUGCAAAUUUAGUACGACGAGAUUAUUGUAAGGACAUUCAUGAUACCACGGCACAUGAAUCAAAUGCUACAGCAUGCCAAGAAUCUUGCCAUCAAAGAACAUUUAAAACACCUGCACAACGUAAAGAAAUCGCUGCAUCCGAAAUGACAACAAUAAAACGAUUUGCAUCAGAAACUAUAGCGACAGAUGUACCUUAUAAAAAAGCAAAAAAAAGUCGAUCACCCACCAGAAGAACCAGAAGUUCGAAAAGAAAUGUCCCUAAAGUAAAUUAUUCUUAUUCUGACAAUGAUCCAGAAUGGAAUUCAUCGGGUGUAUUGAAACGUAAACGUAGGAAAAACAGUCGAUGAUCAAUACUGUUUAAUUACGAAACUCAUUAUUGUAAAUGUCACAGAAAUACAAAAUAAAAAGAUGGAAAUAUGAUAUAAGUAACAAGAUUGUGAAUGUAUGUAAAUUCAUAAAUAUGAUGUGUAUGUAUGUGUCCACAUGUAUGUAAAUAUGAGUUUUCAUCGUUGGAAGAUACUAUAAAUGAUAUCUACAAAUAAAUAGAAGAUCGACUAUGAAGAACAUCAUGGAAAAUCCACAAAGCAUCAUCGUGGAAGAUUUUUAGGAAUCAUUUUUUCAUAAGAUAUCAUAAUAUUUAAUUAAUUAUUGUAGUAAUGAAUGUGUAGAGAAUUUUAAGACUGUUAUCUAGAAUCUAUGUUUGUAUCAUUAAUUAAUCAAAGUAAAAGUUGUAUUCAAAUAAUACAAAGCUGUAUUCAAAUAAUUUAUUUUAAGUUUAAAUUUCAUUCCAUUCAUGUUUUUUUAAAUUUAGUAAAAAGAAUGUAGUUUUCAAUUAUGUCAUGUCAUUUUAUCACUGCUGUGAUUAACUUAUAAAAAGUUUCAAAAUAAAUGUCUAUCUAAUUAUGUAUAUAUAACAUAUGUACAACAAACAUGCCAAAUUCGUCUACUUUACAUACGCAUCGUACUAAUAAAAUUACAAGAUUAUAGUAAAAGAAAAAAGUAGAUUGGGAUAUAUAUGUGGAAACUAAGUUAAUGGUUGUUAUGAUCAGCAGUGUUAUCCUCAAGUCAUGGUACCAAAACUGAUUCAUGAAUAAACAAGUCAUUGAGAGAAAGUUUACAAAGAUAUAUUAUUUGAUAAAACAUCAACAAUAUCAACUUUUAUAAAUGUGUGAUGUCAACGAAAUCGCCAAAUGAACCAAAAGUAACAAUAUAACAAAAAGUGGAGAUAUUUUCUGUGCUCCUAAAUUUUAAUCUGUCCAUUUGUUUCAUAUAUAUACAUAUAUAUGUACAAAUAUAUAUAUAUAUAUAUAUAUAUAUAUAUAUAUAUAUAUAUAUAUAUAUAAAUUCCACAUAAAUGUUGGAGUAAAGCAAUUAUGAAUUAUUAUACACAGGUAUCGAAGUAUAGCAUAACUAGUCAAUUCAUUUAUUUUACUGUAUUUAACAAAUAUCAGCUUUAAUUUAAAUGAUAGAAUGCUUUUUAGCCGUAAAUAUAUGACAUUAUUAUAUAUUUGUUCUGCUUUAUCAGUAUAUGCAAGAAACAUAUACAUUUUGUUAAACCAUUUAAUACAUUGAUUGCCUGUUUCCUCAAUAAGGCUACAAUGAUCAUUGGUGAUUGGCACUAAAUGUACUAAGUUAAAAAAAUUUAUAAAUUGAAUAAAAAAAAUUUUGAACAAUGCAAAUAACUGUAACAGCAUAAACUAGAAAGUAUGCUAUUCUGCAAAAAUGACUGAUUAUUAUUAAUUUUCAUUAAUGCUAUUGACAGAAUAAUGAAACUAUAAAAAAAAUUUUAUUUUUUUAUUAAUAAUGUAUGUGUAAAUUACUACUUCAAAUAUUAGUAAUCAGUUCAUUUUUGUUGAUUUAGAAAAUAAAUAUGAUAUUUUACAAAAAUUAGAUUUUGCAUUGAACUGUAUUAAAACAGCGUAAAUGAAAAUAAGGUUGACCAUUGCAAUCAUAAAAAAUGUUGUUAUUUCUUUGCAUAGUUUUUUACAGUAUCUAUAUAGAAAAUGUAGCAUUGUUAGCUUACUAACAAAUUAUCAAAAGUAAUCUAAUAUACUGUGAGCUAUAGCAAUCAAUAAAAUAAACACAUUAUUGAUAAAAUUAUAAGCUUAUUUAACCAUACUAUGCAACAAUUUAUCAUUAUAUGCUUAUAAUAAUAAAAAUUCUUCUAUGUCCUCUACGUUAAAAUUUGCUAUAUUUGCAUGGCAAUCAAUGUGUUAAUAUGUGUAUAUAAAUAUUUGUUUAAUCAUAAUCACUCAUUUACACAAGAUAAAAAAAGAAAUUUGUAAAAAUGAAACAUGAAUAUAAACUUGCAAUAGUUAUUAAGUUCAAAAGGAAAAAUCUAGUUCACGGCUUAACAAUGCAUAAAUAAUAUUAUAAAUUAUAUUGAAAUAUUUCAACUUCGUUUUUCGUUAUAACUUUACAUUUUUUGUGAGAAGAUCUAUGUUAAUAUGAAAAAUUAUUAUAGUAUAACAUCAUAUAACUCUCAAACAUCACUAAAUGAACAGUUCACAAUUAGAAAUGAUAAAUAUAUCAAUAUGCACACAUUUGCAAAAUUUAUUUAACUUUAACAUAAUUAUGAACUACAAUAUUAUUUAUUAAUUUAGAUUAUUGAUAUUGGUUAACUAAAUUUAUAAAUUUUUCAAAUAUAAUACUUCGGUGCCAUAUCCCAAUAUCUGAUCUCAAACCUGUGAUUUUCUUUAUAUAAUAUUGUGUUAUACAAACAUGCUAUAUCAUUUGACAUAGUUUAACAAUUUCUGUCUAUAUUGCCAAAUAACUCACUUGUUAUGAAAAUAAUGUAUUGUAUUCACAUAUCAUAAUCUUUUUUUUUUCUUUUGCUAAAUAUUAUCAUUUUUUUUUAUGAAAAAAGUCUGAAAAUUUCUAUUUUACAUAAAAAAAGAUAUAAUUUCGUAAUUUUUGCGCGUGUGUGUGUUUCAUUAUUUAAUAUUAUGAUGCCUGAACAAAUAAGUCUGAUAGUUUUAAUUAUGUCAAUAUUAAAUUAAAACAUUUCAUAUCUGUAUAAUGUAUCAAUUUAUGUUUAUUAAUUUAGAUCUUAAAUAGAGAAAACUUCUAGGAAUUCUUACAAAUAUAGAUUUAUUAAGGAAAAAUUGAUUAAUUUCUCUUUUACAUUUUAAAGUAGUUUAUUAUUUUAUUAUAAGUUGAUAUUAUAUUACUUUAUUUGGCAAUUAUAAAAUAAAGACAUCACAUUUUAAUUAUUAUUGUUUUGGGAAAUACAAACUCAAUCAUGAAUAAAAUAUGAAAUAUGCAAAUUUAACUAUACGAUAGCGAAAAUAAUACUUUUCUUAUAUUUGAGAUAUAUUAAAUUUAUAUGUAUAUAUGCGUGUGUUUCCUCUAAUAAUGAUAAAGAGAAAGUACUAUCUUUAUUUCUUGUAAAAUAACUAUUAUAGACUGAGUGUUUAGUGCGCCUCAAUUUAGAAGAAUAUGACUAUUAUUAUAAUAUUAUGAUUUUGUUCAAAUAAAGUUUACUUAAAAGAUAAAAAGUUUAAAAGUAAAAGUUUGCUUGUUAGCAAAUAAAUAAACAGAUAAAUGAACAGAUACAUCAUCAAAUUUGUCUAUAAAUGUAUAAAAACUUCAUUUCUUAUGAGAAAUGGCAACUUUUUAUUUAGUCAAACUAGAUAUUAAUGUAUUUAUAAUAAUUUCUUUUCUUAUAGUUUUUCCAUUAUUUUUUCUUGAUUCAUUCUCUGUUCUAUAUUAUAAAAUAAAAACAGAUACAAUUUAAUAUUUAUCAUGCUUAAAAAACUCACAAUGUGUAAAUAAUUUGUUUCAUAGUCGGUUUCCCUUGCAUGUUAUAAAUUUACAAUAGUUGAAAGAUAAUAUCGCAAAUAACAAAAUAUGUUUCUUUCGGUUGUUUAAUGAAUGUACUUAUAUUAUUGUUAUGUACGAAUAUAUGUACAUAUUUAUAUAUCUAUUUGUUUUAUUUAUUGAUAUC